UGGUGGUGAUGAUGAGGAGAGGAAGAAGAAGAUGAGAUGAUGAAAAUGAUGAUGAAAGGAAAGAGAGAAAGAAGAAGAAGAAAAAGAAAAAGAGAGAGAGAAACAGAGAAAAAGGGGGGAGAGUAGAAGGAGGAGUUUACCCAAUGGAGGAAAAGCUUAAAGGGAGGAGUUUAACUCGUGUUACAUGGAGAGUAGAAUGUGAAAAAUGGGAGGAGAUUGAAAGGUGAAAAUGAAUUUGUAUUGGUUGAUUUUUGGAGAAAAUAAAAGAAAUGUUUCUUUUUCUCUUUCUUCUCUCUCUCUUUAUCCUCCUCCUUCUUUUUUCUUCUUCUUCUUUUCUUCUUCAUCAUCCUCAUCAUCAACUCUCCUCAUCCUUUUUUUAUCCAAUUUUCAUAUGACCUCUUAAACCAAAACGUUCUCUCAACGUUUAGAAUUUGUUUCUUUCUUUUUUUCCUUUUUUUCCUAAUUUUUUUCUUCGUCCUCUUCAUCCUCAUCUUCUUCUCAUAUAUUCAGUGUGAUAAUAAUUUUUAUUAUUGACACGUUGAUGAUUGACAGAUAUCAUCAACUUUAUCAUCUUCAUCAUCUUUAUCUUCAUCUAAAUCUAGUUAAUCAACUUUUCCCUUCAUUUUUAUUUUCAUUGUUUUAACUUUUCAAACAAUCAACUUAAAUCUAUUAACCUGAUUAUCCAAUUCUAGUGGAUUAAGACAAAAUAUCAAAAUUUCCUUUUAAUCAAUUAAUCAAUUAUUGGUCUAAUUGUUUGUUUAAUUGUUACUUCUUCUUCUUGGAUUAUAAUUAAUUCAAUCAAUGAUAUUAAUCUUAUCAUCUAGAUGCUUAUUACCAAUUUGGAUUUAGUUAUGACCUCAGGUUUGAGGAAAAGUGGUAACAGUAAUAAUAAUAGUAAUUUAAACAAUUCGAGUAGUGGUCAUCAUAUUGUCCAUCCUCAUCCUCAUCAUCAUUCUCACCAUCAUCAUCAUCAUCAUCAUCUAAAUCAUCGUAGUAAAGGUUCAUCAAUGUCCACACAAUCAACUCGCUCAGGAACCAGGGGUCAACCUUUAACCUCUUCCAAUGGGAACAAUGUUAAUAAUAGUAAAUCAGUUUCCAAUAAUAGUAAUCGACCUUCAACCGACUUUUCAAUUGAAGCGAUUAUGGGUCGUUCCAAUGGCGAUUCAAUUGUUAACAAUCAGUUAAUUGGUUCACCACAAUCUCAGCUUAAUCAUAAUCUACAUCAUCUUAAUUCCCAACAACAAUUAACCUCUUUUCGAGGUUCGUCUUCAUCACCUCCCUUUGUACCUUCACUGGUUUUACCUUUAACUGGACUCAAUUCAUCUUCAUCUUCAACAAUCAAUUCAAAAUCAUCAACUUCAGUCUCGGUUAAUCAUCACAACAACAACAACAACAAUCAUCAUCAUCAUGCUAAUCAUUCACCUCCACCGAUUUCCCCUCCGUCGAUUGAUGUUGAUUACAAUUCGUCUUCCCCACCGCCAAUGGAGGCUUCUUAUGAUUCCCACUCACCUAUUCGGUCACCGGCCACCAGUCGAUCGCCGAUAACUCGAUCACCUCCUUUACGAUCUCCAUCAAUCAGUGAACUCGAACGUCCAAUGUCCGGUACUUUGGACAGGACACCUUCACCUUCACCUUCCACCGGGUCAACUAAAGAUGGUUCAUCUUCAUCUUGUGGUCCUAAUCCAUAUGCGGAUGCGAUUAAGCCCAAAUGUAAUUGUGAAGAAUUGGCUGGAAUUAAAUGUCACCUUGAGAAUAAAGAUCUUUGGGAUAAAUUCAAUGAACUUGGAACUGAAAUGAUUAUCACCAAAUCUGGAAGACGGAUGUUUCCAACAGUUCGAGUCUCUUUUACUGGAAUCGAUGUGAAUGUUAAAUAUUUGGUUCUAAUGGACAUCGUUCCCGUGGACAAUAAACGUUACCGUUAUGCUUAUCACCGGUCAUCUUGGCUUGUAGCGGGCAAGGCUGACCCUCCCUCACCCGCUCGACUUUACCUUCACCCAGAUGCACCCUAUUCAGCUGACCAGUUGAGGAAACAAGUGAUUACCUUUGAGAAAGUUAAACUGACCAACAACGAGAUGGACAGAUCUGGACAUAUUGUAUUAAAUUCAAUGCACAAAUAUCAACCUCGAAUUCAUCUGAUCAUAUAUCGUGAAGGAAUUACUUUCAAUUCAACCUUCAUCGCAAUGGAAUCAGAACGUUUUAGAACCUUCGUCUUUCCUGAGACCGUUUUCACAGCCGUAACUGCCUAUCAGAAUCAAUUGAUAACCAAAUUGAAAAUUGACAGUAAUCCAUUUGCCAAAGGAUUCCGAGACUCAUCUAGACUCAGUGACCUGGAAAGGGAAACUAUGGAAUCGCUGAUAAAUGACCCUUGUUAUGGACGAAGUCCAAUGAUAUCGCCUUACCUGAUUGAAGAUACAGCGAACAUGUUGCUGAGAGAAAGAGCAAUUCUUAUGGGUCAUCCUCCACCUCCACCUCAUCAUAUUCACCAUCAUUCCGGUGGUUCACCUAAUCCACAUCAUCAUCCCCAUCACCAUCAAGCAUCACCUCAUCAUCAUCCCUCUGGUUUGCCACCGCCGAAUUCAUCACCUUCAUCUCAUCCUUUCUCACCCACUGGCUUACCGCCAGGACUUUCACCUAAUGGUGUAAGAGGUGGUCCAGUUAUGUGGAGACCUCAUCCCGCCUUCCCACCGAUCAAUCCAACAGACUUUUAUAAUCUAUUAGCUACUUGUCCACCCUGGUAUUCAGCUGCAGCUUUUGGUGCUCACCUACGAUCUCCUAACCCCAAUUCAGGAUCUUUGCCUGGUUCUCAAUCAAUGUCUCCAACAUCGGCUGCCGCCGCUGCUGCUCUUGCCUUUUCAACUCCCCCUCAUUUCUGGGCAGCCAAUGCAAAUAAUCAAAUAUCAGCUGAAAUCGCAAAACAGUCGUUAAUCAAUGCAACCAAUUUAGCCAAUGCUUGUAAUCCUCCCUCAUCAUCAACACCACCCUCUGGAUCCCUCACCACCACCAACAACAACAACAACCACAACAGUAAUAACAGUAAAGGAAACACUUCCACCACCCACAAUAACAAAGAGAGUACUAGUAACGGUAUUGGUCCAACUCGUCCUAAUCAUCCUCACGACCAAUCAACACACCGAUAUACACCUUAUCCUUUAUUUUCCCCUUCAAAGAAAGACAAUCAUUCAAGUCAUCAUUUAUCAUCUUCCUCCUCCUCAUCAUCACUGCCAAUAUCAUCUCUAUCCACACCACAACAACCCCAAUCACAACACCAACAAUCACCCACAUCACUUGCACCUCAUUCAACCUCUUCUCCAUCUCCAUCACCAACAUCAAACGUUUCCUUACUUUCCUCAUCUUCAUCUUCAUCUUCAUCCUCUUCUCCUCAUCCUCAUCUUCCUUUAAACCUUCUCAAUGGUCCAACCAACGGAUUAAACUUAUCAUCCAAUCAUCAUCAUCUCAACCCAAACCACAACUCCAACAACAACAACAACAAUAACAACACAAGCAAACGAUCAACAAUCAACUCCAAUUCCAAGCAUAAAAACCUCAAUCCAAAUGUAAACUCUGAAAACAAUAACGAUGAAGACGAUGAUAUAAACAUUGAAAGAUCAACUCCAAGUCCAUCAAAUUUAACGACAAUUAAAAACUGUAUUAACAACAAUUUAGAAAACAAUAAGAGACCAAUUGAUUGUACAGAUAAAUCUGAUUCAACUGAACCAAUCAGCUGAAAGAUGUUCAAUAUGAUUAGCAACAAUUUAGUAACCAACUAAUUAAAUCCAAUCUAAAUUUCUUAUUUCCUAUUGUAAAUUAAUUCAUCGUAAAAAAAAAAAUUAAUAAGCAAUCAACUUUUUAUUAUGAUUAACUUUUAUUAUUUAAUUGUUAAAUAAUCAAUGAUUCAAUAUGAUUAUUAUUAUUAUUGUAUUACUACAAUUAAAAGAAACUGUAUCAAUUAAAACUAAUAAUUAACUAAUUUAGUAAGUUAAUUAAUCACAAC